AGGGGUCAAGCACCGAUGAUGCGUCUGUUCGUUUUCUUAUUAUUAUUCUUCUUCUGGCUGGGAGUCAAUGGCAGCCCAUAGAACCCUUUGGAGGAAAGUUGUGAAAUUUGGCACACUGAUAGAGGACAGUCUUAGAGAUCUGUUGGAGUCGGUGCUCAGGUGUAUGCAGGCGUGCCGUAGAUUACUGGUGGUCUUGAGUUCCGACUGUUUGUGCGAGAAGAGCGUCAGUCUGCUGGAAUGUCGCCUGUGUUUGUACCUGCUUCACACUUCUCGCAUUCCCGUCAUCACAGUCAGGCGCCACACUCUCAGCGCCCCCUGCAGCGACAUCAUGAAACUGCGCAACAACUCCACCAGCAUCCGCUGGCACGGAGCACGCUCAGAGCGAACAAACUCACGGUUCUGGAAGCUCCUGCGGUUGGCUCUGCCCCUACGACCUCUCUCGCUUGGGAAGAGACUCAUCGAUAGCACUUCCUCGCAUUCGGACUUGGCGUCCGUGGCCACACGUUACAAACAAGUGCAGACAGUCUCGCUCAGACACAACCGGCGGAGUAAAGCGCUGGAGGUCAGCAGAGGUAACAGGGGUUGGGUCGGGAUGAGGCAUUUGGGUGUACGGGAGAGAAGUGGGUGGGGCUGUGAGCAGAAUGGGCGUGGCUGUGCCAUCUGUGUGAGUUUUCAAGAGAGUCACAGAAUUUGGGGCGGAGUCAUUGCACCUCAGUGGAACACACACCUGCACCAGCCCGUGGCCAAUGGAAGGAUACCACAUGUCACUCACAGCUCUAAUACUGAGCCUGGAAACGACCCUGGCAACGACCUCUGCCCCUGCGAACCGAUCAAUAACAACCAGAAUAAUGAACUGCAAACAACACAUUGUUGACACACACAUAUGGCUUGAGAAAUAACACACAAACUGUAUUUGAAUCUGUAGACUGUAUACACACACACACACACACACACACACACACACACACAAUCACACAAAUAAUUCACAAUUUACAAUUGUCAUGAGUUAUGCAGAUAUUUAUCAGCAAUGCAAUAAACUAAAUUCAACUUAA